GCGUGGCAACUUUGGCUGAGUGAUCUGAUUGGCCAGGAAUACAGUCUCAACCCACUGCGUGGAUUAUCCAUCUCCGUGCUGAGAAAAGGCGUUCAGGUAAGUCAGCGCCCCAAUCCUUACUGUCAACAGAAUGGUACAAAAAGAUCUAAACUGUUCAAUAGCAAAAUACUGUGAUAGCAAACAACGGGUAGGAAUAUCAUUUCAGAUUAAUGUUAGACUAAGGGACUUAAAGAAGAUUGCCUCUUUCUGUGUUUUCUUUGAAGUUGUCAUUCUGCAUGUAUCUAUGAGUUGAAAUCAUCCAGAACAGAUUUUUUUUUCUGGCUCUAUGAUCCACUUUGAAAGAUUCUCAUAUAUUCUGUCUCUCAUAUAUAUCCAUUCAUAUCUUUAUACAAAGAGAUGGCCCAAAGUGAUGUGUGCAUCUGUGUGUAUGUAUCUCUCUGUGUGUAUGAACCAUAUGGUACAUACCAGUCUUUUUUUAACUGUCAUUGUAACACAAGUAAUAAUAUGCUGAUAGUCACUUAUGCAUUGUCAGUAAUUAUGGCAUCAGUGCUCAAUUGAAAUGCACUUUGCACAAAUAAGAUGCAUUGUCAGAAAAUGUUUAUAGUAGAAAUCCGAAGUGAAACACUUUUGUGAUACUUAAAUCUAGAAAUGCAUUGUCCUACAUCCACCAAAAAGUUGUAGUUUACUUAACAAGAACAUCCAGUAAAUGUUUAAUUGAAUCCGAACAGCCUCCUCCAUGUUCCUUUAUUAUGGAGACUGGGGAAUAUAUUUUAUAAUACAAUAUUACAUAGAAAACAACCAUGCAGCAAUUGUGAUUAAAGAGACCAAGGUUUAAUUCAUAUUUAACUAUGAAAUUGAUGAAAUUUGAACCAAUCACUAUCAUUCUAUCCAUGGAAUUAUUAAACUAUGCAGGAGAAAUAAAUGAAAUAAACAAAAUAUGUGUUGCAAGUAAAUCCAUAGUAGAGCAUUCAAACCUUUUGCUGACUGCUUUUUUCUUUAGAUUAAUACUUCAUUAGGAUGAAUUACUGCCUGCUAUACAGAUUUUACUGAGUAAAAAUGAUCACUGUAUGGAUAAUUGUGUAUCCAUUCUCAUAAAAAAUAUUUAAAAAAUAUUUAAAAAAUCAAAAACUAUUUGGAAGCUGCUUUCAAAACUUGGAUGGAUGAAACUUUAUCAUGUUGCAGUUCAUUGACUAAAUAUAUGUCCAAAUAUAUUCCAAUUACAUCUUUUAUGAACAUACUUAACCUAUGGGUAAGCAGUUACAUCAUGAGGAAAUGGAUGCCAGUGCUUAACACUCCAUUUCAUUAGCUCUCCGUGGAUGAUAUCAGUGUGAAAUUAUUUUCAUUAUUGCCCUUGAUGUAAAUAUAGUUGGAAAAAAAAAACCAAUGCAGUAUUAAACAAUAUUAAUCACUAAUCUGGGAAUCUACAGAUUCCUCAACUGUUGUCUAGUUUGACCAAUAAUUAUUCACCAAUAAUACUCAAAGAUCACAUGAUCUGAAUCACAUUUUCUCCAGCAUGAUAGAUGUAGCAUCCACCGAUGGGUAAUCAAAGCCUUCCUGCUCAGAUUUAGACUAAAACCAAACUUUAGCCACGCCUCCUUUGGGCAUUCCUUUCCCAGUUUUGUCUUAGUCUAUGCUCAGAUAGGACACAGAUUUGCUAGCUCCUCAAUUUUUUUCUAAUUUAAGUAGUUAAAAUUAGGUUAGAUAGUAGGAAUUCUAGUAGUUUUAGCUGAUUAAUAAUCUUUAAAUAGUUUUAGCAAAAGUCAAGGAGUUAAGAACCCCUGGGAGCGUUGUUUCCAGAGAGCCUAUCUGGCCACGUGGAUCCUAGGAGCUCUGCUGCAGAGCUGCGGUGUUAGCUCUUAUCAUCUGUUGAGCACAACAAGGGAGGCUUCCCUAGCGCCCAGGAGCAAUUUUAUUGCCAGCGCUCUGGAGGAUUCAGCCGGAUAGCCGGAUUGCCUCUCUUGCCUCGUGGCCAUGAGGCACCAUCGAGGAUCGCACUGAGACUCCCCUACGCUACAGAAUCGCAAGUGUUGUAGUGCCAUAUAACUGUGUGUGGGGGGGCGAGUGGUAGAACUUUCCCUCCCCUGGUCUCCCUGAACGGGGAAUUUCAAAAGCAAGCUCAUAGAAGCUGCCUUGGAGCUCAAGCUAAGGGGAGAAGCCGUUUUUAGGCGCUAAGGAGACUCGUGGCCACCAUUUUGAAUCCUGUGCUGGGUGUGGCCACCAUAUUGAGAGUCACUUUUUGAUUCUGAUACAGGCCUAUUAUUUCAGUAGCCCACUGUGUUGGGCUCUUGAGGGGGUUUAUCAGUCAUUUUUCUCCAGCUUUCUUCAUAGAGCUUCCAUUAUAGGAGGUAUAUUUUGUGUUUGAUUCCUGUAGCCUUAAUUCUGUGGGCAAAUUUCCUGACCUGUUCUCUUUAGCUUCUGGUGCUGUGUCAGCAGGGCCUAGACAGACAGUUUUAGGUAGCUGUCUGGCUGUUUGCCAUUGUGGUUGUCUUAGGGCGCGGGAAGCUUCCCUCCCAGACAACUUGAUCUGCGUAUUUACCCCCUUCCCAGGGCUUCUCCUAUCUGGAAGGUCCAGGGCACAAUGGCAGAUGGUGAGACUCCUCAGACAUUGCAAGGUUCUGAUGUUCCCCCAACACAAUCUAAACGCAGAUCUUCUGAUUUGAGCAUGGGGGGAAAGAAAAAGGCCAAAACCAAGCAUUUGACAUCUAAAGAACCCUCCAAGGCUGCUGAGCGAGAGGCCUCGAGGAGACAUCAGGCACCGGAGAAAGAAUUUUCCAAAGCACAAAGGCUUAGGUGCAGUGAAGCUGAAGUGGUUCCCCCUGCUUCUCUGGGCAGUUCACCAUGUGAGCCCCCGCUGGUGCCUUCUUAUCAAGCCCCCAAAGCUUGGCCUCCUCAAGGAGGAACUGAACAGGUCGGUCUACCUGCCCCUAUCCAGCCUAUUCCUUCACCUCACCCUGGUCCUUCUAUUUCACCUGCUAUCAUCACUACGCAGGCUCCUGAAGCCACUGCUGCAGGUGUUACUUCAGCUGAGCGAUCCUUAUGGGCUCAGCAGUUCCAGAGCUUUAUGCAUCAUGCCUUUGAUCAAUUUAUGUCCUCUUCCUUGGCAAAGGGGCGCACGCAGAUACCACCUUCUCCACCCUUGCCCGCAGACCAUACUGGACAUGUCCAGUCUGCGGGUUCAGGUAUUUCUGAGACUUCAUCUCAAAUUGGGGAAGUUGAGUCUGUGGACCUGGAGACAACGGACGCUCCCAUGUCUGAAGAUGAGGAGGUGGCUCCGGAUCCGACCCCAACAUCGGGGCUUUUUGAUCCAAACCUAUUCAAAUCACUGUUGCUAAAGGCCUGCACCAAGACCAAUUUGGUCUCAGAGCAGGAACCCAAGCCAUCUACUUCUACUGCACAGGAGUCAAAUCCUUUGUUUGCGGUAAAGGUUGUGGAGGAAAAACAGGUUCCUUGUCCAGCUGUUUUCCGAGAGAUGGUGGAGAAACAGUGGACUUAAUUGGCCACUCUAUCUCCUCCUAGCAGCACGGAAAAGAGAUUGUAUAACGUAUCUUCUGCAUUCUCUUCCCUUCUAGAGGUGCCUACAGUGGACGCUCCCUUAACAUCUUUGUUCUCCACAUCCACUGUUCCUGGAGACAUGGCUGAGCACUUCAAAGCUGAGGAUAAAAGACUUGAGUUUUCCCUCCGCAGAGCCCACCAGGCCUCAGCUGGGCUAUCAGGACGGCAUCGUCCUCGUCCUUUUUCGCGAGAACUUCUGUCAUGUGGCUCCGUGAACUACAGGCUUUAAUUCCUCCGGGUCAAGUACAUGCACAACAGACUCUAGGUCAGCUAGUAGCUGCGGCGGAAUACAUGUCAGAUGCAUCCCUCCAUUCAACCAAAUUUUCCACUACAUCUACUGCGGCCACAGUAGCAUCUCGCAGAUUCUUGUAGCUCAAACAGUGGAGGGCUGACCUAAAGUCAAGAUGGCGUCUAGCUACAGACACCUACAGUGGCAAAAAUUUAUUUGGCCAAAUCCUAGAGCCAUACCUAGUUGAAGGGAAGGAUAAGAGAAAGACCUUAGAGAGAGAAAGAGAAAGAUGGAUAAGAGGCCCCAACAAGAAUUUCGCAGGCAGUCCUUUCGUGCCAGAAGUUCUUGGGAAUGGAGGCAGCUCUUUCGAUCAGGGCAGUCCUGAGAUUGGCCCAGAGGUUUCCGAUCCUUCACCCCAGAUAGGAUUGCCAACAGGACCGCCAAAAUUCAGGAGCCAGGGGUCAAUUCCAGGCAAAGCACCCCUUCAGGGGGGCUGGAGGCUGUCCAUACAGAAAGUCCAAGUGACGCCAAAUUGGAUCCUCCCAUAGGCGGGUGCUUGGCUCUGUUCAGCGACACUUCGGAGUUCACCACAAACGAUACCUGGGUAAGAGAGACCAUAAGAUUCGGUCUAGCCCUAGAACUCAAAUCCAUUUUCCCAGACCGCUUCCUUCAAUGUCCUGCAACCAAGACAUGCACACAGGGCCGAGCUAGUAACCACAGCCAUAACACACUUAUUAGAUAUAAGGGCCAUAGAACCAGUUCCUCUGGAUCAAAAGGGAAAGGGGUUCUAUUCCAUACUCUUCGUGGUCCCCAAGGCCUCAUGGGGUUGGAGAGCAAUAUUGGAUCUGAAGGGACUCAACCGAUUCCUAAUUUACAGGAGGUUCAAAAUGCAGUCCCUCAAGUCCAUUCUGGCCAGCGUCAGAAGGGGAGAUUACCUCUCCUCCAUAGACCUGACAGAGACCUCCCUUCAUGUUUCUGUCAGACCACAUCACCGCAGAUUCCUCCGUUUCUGCUAUGGAGGCAGACAUUAUCAGUACAGGGCUCUCCCCUUCGGUCUAUCCUCAGCACCUCGGGUAUUCACGAAGAUACUGGCAGUAUUAGCGGCCUAUCUCAGACUGAUCCCGGUAAGAGUACAAUGCUACCUGGACGAUAUAAUUAUCCAGUCCAGUUCAUUCAGCACUGCACAGCUAGAUCUACAAACUACAAUAGAGACACUUCAGAGACAUGGCUUUUCUGUGAAUUUCAAAAAGAGCCACAUUACACCUACCACUCGGAUCUUACAUCUGGGCGCGAUGAUAGAUUCAAACCUAUGCAAGGUUUAUCUCUCCCAGGAACACAAGGACAGCAUCAAAUCUCUAGUUCACAGGAUCCAGAGGGAGAAGGUAGUCCCACUUGUCCAGCUAUCGCAACUGUUGGGGAAAAUGAUUUCUUGCCUAGGAAUAAUGCCGUGGGCCAGACUUCACUCCAGACAUCUCCAAUGGUUCCUACUCCCCUUCCAGAAGCGGAACAUCAGUGCUUCCACACGGAAGGUGAGAGUUCCACAUUACACUCUGCUCUCACUCAAAUGGUGGGGGUCACCAGCCAUACACAAGGGGUCUCUUUUCAAGGAGCCUCACAGACUCAUCCUGACCACGGACACCAAUCUGUUUGGUUGGGGAGCUCACAUACAGACAUACAUGACACAGGGUCAAUGGUCCAAACGCGAUCUCGCACACAACAUAAAUUGGCUAGAACUCAGGGCAAUACACCUGGCUCUUCACCAAUUCUCCAACAUAGUGACAGGGAAUCAUGUUCUGGUAAUGACUGACAACGUUGCAGCUAAAGCUCUUAUCAACAGGCAGGGAGGAACCAAGUCUUGGUCCCUCAUGCAGGAAGCCCUAGCAUUGGGUCUGUGGGCAGAAUCCCAUCUAAAAUCCAUCAGUGCAAAACACAUUUCCAGGCAGGAGAAUCACAAGCAGAUUCUCUAAGCAGGGCGAUGAUAGAUCACUUGGAGUGGCAAUUGGAGCCAGCCCUCUUCAGGGAGAUAUCGGAGAGGUUCAGACAGACUCAAAUAGACCUGUUUGCUUCACCAGCAAACGCUCAGCUUCCCAGACAUUUCACGCGGUUUCCGUCACGGGGGGGCGGAGGGAAUGGACGCUCUACGCAGCAGAUGGCCCAAGGAACUUCUGUAUGCAUUCCCUCCACUUCUUCUGAUUCCAGCCGUCAUCAGGAAGCUUCUAUUAGAACAGGCAGAAUUAAUCUUGCUGGUCCCACUUUGGCCAAGGCGUCCUUGGUUUGCAGAUCUUGUGGACCUAUCGGUCUCCCCGCCUUGGAAGAUUCCAUCAGAUUGCAUUUCCCUCAGUCAGGGUCAGCUCCAACACCUGGACACAUAGUGGCUUCAACUAGCCGCUUGAUACUUGAACGGGAGAGUUUAGCCAGACAGUCCUAUUCAUCUGGAGUGAUUGCUGUAAUUCAAGCCUCCAGACAUCCUUCGACCAGCAGGAUCUAUGAUGCCACGUGGAAAAAUUUCUGUACGUGGUAUAGCACUAAGAAGGUCAACCCACUAGCUAUUACCAUUCCGAUAUUGUUAGACUACCUUUCAGAAGGACUGAACAAGGGUCUGUCUUAUAAUACCAUUCGCAGGCAGAUCACAGCAUUAUCCACUGUUCUCAUCUGCGAGAAGCAGGUCCAGAUAUCUCAUCAUCCAGCAGUUACGGCUUUCCUUAAAGGAGCCGUUAAUACCGGUCCCCCUGUGGUUCACAGAUAUUCCACUUGGGACUUACCAAAAGUUCUAAAGGUUCUCACAGGGUCACCAUUUGAGCCCAUCAAGUCGUGUUCGCUACAUCUCCUUUCCUGGAAGGUAGCUUUUUUGAUAACCAUCACUUCGGCAAGGCACAUCUCGGAACUAGCCGCACUCUCGGUUAGAGGGGACCUGUGUAAUUUUCAGGAUGACAGAGUGAUCCUCAAAUUGGAUCCUUCUUUCAUUCCGAAAGUCAAUACCUGGUUCCAUAGGUCCCAGGAUCUGGUUCUUCUGGAUUUUUGUCCAUGACCAUCUCACCGUCUUGAAAGGUUGUGGCACACAUUAGAUGUGCGCAGGGCUUUGCAUCACUAUGUGAAGUGAACUGCAGAAUUCCGUAGAUCGGAGGCACUGUUUGUGUCGUUCCAACCUUCUUCCAUGGGUCUGAAGGUAUCAUCCUCAACCAUUGGUAGAUGGAUCAGGGCAUGCAUCUCUUAUGCAUACAAGGCUCAGUCUCUUCCUGUUCUGGCCAACAUCACAGGUCAUUCAACGCGUAGUGCAGCUACAUCUGCGGCCUGGUCUACCCAGACCUCGAUUGAGGAAAUUUGCAGGGCAGCCACCUGGGCUUCCCCCUCCUCAUUUAUAAGGCAUUACAAGCUUGAUAAAUUCGCUGCCUCAGACGCAUCCUUCGGCAGAAGGGUUCUGCAUCAGGUAGUUUCUACGCAAGAGUCAUAAGCCUAGACUUCCCUCCCAACAGGGACAUGGGUGGCUUUGGUAUGUCCCAUUGGUGGAUGCUACAUCUAUCAUGCUGGAGAAGGGACGUUGUCUUACCUGAACGCCUUUUCUCAGCAUGAAGAUGUAGCAUCCACACCCACCCUUUACAGUUAGUUUGGCAGAUUUCUUUCAGGAGAAGCUACUAUGUUGGACCUAAUGAAUGCUUCGCCUCGACAAAACUGGGAAAGGAACGCCCAAAGGAAGUGUGGCUAAAGCUUGGUCUUAGUCUAAAUCUGAGCAGGAAGGCUUUGAUUACCCAUUGGUGGAUGCUACAUCUUCAUGCUGAGAAAAGGCGUUCAGGUAAGACAACGCCCCGUUACCUGAGACAUUAGAAAUUUUAAUUAGGGAGAAUAUACUGCACAUAGAGAGAGUCCCUCUCCUUAUUUUAGAAUGCUGGGUGAUAGAAAGAGUUGGGGAUAACAAGGCUGUUCUUAUUUGUAAUGCUUUUUCUUUAGAACUUUAUCAACAAUUAAAUUUACUAAUUCAGUUUUUUCUCAUUUUUCAAAAGAUAAAUAAAAUUUUAAUUUCAACCAUGCAUUUGAAGAUGAAUUUAGAGCAAAAACUUUGGGAACUUGUUUAUCUGCUCUUCUUUUUGCUUUUGCCAUUGUUAUUUCUAGGUCUUAAGAUUCUAGGACUUAUCUGGGGCUUAUCAUGGCAUUCACAUUUAAAUGCAAAACUAUAUCUGUUGGUAUUUCAUAUUUGGGAUCCAAGUUGGUCAUAGUUAUAUGAUUAUGAGAGAUCACUACAACUGUAAACCUACUGAAGCAAAAUAUGGAAUGGAUCUUGCUGGUGACUGAAUUAAGCCAAACAAACAGUAUUGACAGUAGCUUGAAAAUCACCAGUUAGCAGUUUCUUCACGCUCCUGUAUCACACAGCACUUUCCAGAGAGAACUCAUUGUGUGCAUAAAAUCAG